ACAGUUUAAAGAGUCCAGAGAGCUGUUCGUCUCAUUCCUUCACUAAGUCUGUGUCUCUCUCUGCUCUCUCCACAGUCUCACUGCGCGGUAUGGUAGCCCCCCGGGUCACAGCGGAAUAGGAGCAACACCACAGAAGAAAAACACAAGGUUGCCAGGGCCGACCAGGGUGUCCGCUGCAGGCAGCGGGGCCCCCAAGGGCCAAGGAUCCUCCAACCUCAACAGGAGGAGUCAGAGCUUUAACAGCAUCGAUAAGAGCAAGCCUCUCCAGUAUGCUAGUGGCAAUGACAGAGAAUCGGCAAAGAGCAUCCCUCUGCCUGGCAGCAUGAACGGAGGUGCCCAAGUGCCCACCAGCCUCAGCGGGCAGCAGCUGGCCUCUGCCAUCCCCUCCCCCACCGCCGGCAAGUCCUGGCGCAGCAAGUCCAUGAACAUGAAGCACAGUGCCACCUCCUCCAUGCUCUCGGUCUCCACCUCGCCCUCGCCCUCUCCCUCACCCACCCCACCCCCCGCCUCCGACCGCCUACGGCCCCCCAUGACUGAGGCGCCCAAGUCGGGCUCUGUCGCUGGCGGUGGUGCCUCCCAGAGAUCCAUGCUGGACAAGUUCCGGAUGAUCAACCCUCGCUCGGCCUCGCGGACUUCGCCGUCGGUGGCCGAGAUGGCCUUGCAGGAGGAGGAUGACAUGUCGGAGUACGGCGAGGAAGGGCUAAGUAUAACGGAGCCAAUGUCGUCAAUGUGUACUAGCAGCAGCAACAGCACCAAGCAGCUGGCCAAGACUGCCUCGCCCCCCUCCCUGGCAGCAGCCAAUAAGGGCUGUGUGAAGGGCGCGUCGCCCUCCAGCGGCGGCAGCAAUAAGUCCCUGCCCCAGCCCAAAGACAAGGAGGAUAAGAGCAGGAGCAAAGGAGGCAAGGCCAGCACCCCUCCCAAAGAGGAACAACGGGAACCCAUGGUGGAUCCAUCCAAGAAGACCUCUAAGAUCGCCAGCCUCAUCCCCAAGGGAGGCAAGCCUGCAGCGGGCAAGAAGGACAGCGCCAUCCCCCCUGCCUCCAGUGGAAUCCCCAAGUCUGGACUCAAGGCCCCCUCGGCUACGGGGAAGCCGGCCGGCGGUCAAGCCCAGACCCAGGCCACCCAGGGUGGUAGUGGAGGGGGCAGGGAAGGGGACAAGGCCAAGGUGGUUAAAGGGGGCCAGGGGGGCUACUACAUGCAGCAGCGCUCCCUGGGGGGCCUGGAGGGCCGGCGGAGCAACAUGGUGUCUUCCACCAGCACCUCUGCCCUGUCCCAGCCCCCCGGGGCCAUGGGGGGGAACGGAGCGGUGCAGCUCCCCCAGCAGCAGCAGCACAACCACCCCAACACAGCCACCGUCGCCCCCUUCAUGUAUAGGACGUACUCCGAGAACGACUGUACCACGGUGGCCCCCACAGACCACUGCCUCAGCCCCCACCAAGGGAGACCUGGUCUACAGCAAGACUGCCAAGCAGUGCCUGGAAGAAAUCUCAG